UCUCAAGAAAACGAGCCUGCCUUUCGGCAUGGUUUUGUUGUUUAUAUCUAUCUAAUUUUAAAUCUGGUCGACAUUUCACAAAAAAACUUUGCUCUUGAGAUUUGAUGGUCACGAUUUCUGGUUUCCCUCACUAGAACUUAUUUUGUCCAUCUUGUUAUAGAGGAUUUGGAUCAAGACAUCUUCUAUCUCUGAGGAACUUAAUAUUAAAUAAAAACAAAUGAAAGAAAACAUGCGUUCGAUCUGGAGCAAGUAUGAUACUCCUCUUUAGAAAGUGCAUUUGAGGUGACAUUAGAGACUUUCCUGCUGGUAAAAUCAAACUCCAUCAGAACCAGUAAAGAGUUCAGAAAGGAUAACAGCAGAGAGUGAUACUCCUUUGGUUGCAAAUAAAAACCAUGAAGCACUUAAAGGGAUCUAGCAUUUUAAUAUGCUGUGCUAUUUUCCUGUUCUUUGUUUCGGUCACCCAAGCUGACGAUACAGUUUCAAAUUCUGUAAAUAAUGAGAAAAUGAGCAACUUGACAGUUCUGGAUAAAUGGAAAAUGAUGGAAACUGGAGCAAAAGAACUAGCUAACAAAGGUGUAAAAGCACUGCUUUCACAGUUGGUGACAGGGGAAGGAAGACUCAACAUCUCAUCUCAAUGCAUGAGGGAGGGUAUGCUGCUGAUUUCAGGCUUGAAAAACAUCAAGCCAUGGGCCAUCAGAUUUAUUGACAGUAGCGCUAAAAUAAUUGAUGGUGCCUUGACUGGUUCUAUGUCUUCAUUUGGAUCCUAUGAUGAAUGCGUAGACACCAUAGUGAGGAGUGAAAAAUCACGUGACAAAGGAAAAAUGCUCUUCAGGGGGCAAUACUGCUCAAUUGAUAUCCGACCUCCUCUACCACCAGUUAAAAACUUCUACAAAUUACAUGACGUAUUGGAUGAGUUGAAAAAUUUUUCUGAAGGUGGUACGGUCAUAAGUGAAGCAGCAAAAUAUGCCCAUUUUUUUUACUUCUUGUCCUUAAGAAUGGGAAUAUGUGUUCCAUCCGGGUGCAGUUACGACGACAUUUCAGAAAUAACAAAUUCAAUUAGUAGCUAUCUAACUCUGGAUGUACAGACUCUAAGAUGUGAAAUAAAGCAAGUAAACGAGUUUACACCAAUUAAAAUAUUUACUAUGUUUGUUUACUCCUUUGCUGGCUUGUUUAUGUUGAUUGGAUCAUCAAUAGACAUGUACUCCUAUUAUACCAAAACUGCAUUCAAAGGCACAGGUAUGAGGGUUCUCUUAUCAUUUUCAUUCAUUUCCAACUUCAAGAAAUUUGUGAAUACGAAAAGUACUUCUGAUACCCUGAGCUGUUUGAAUGGGAUACGUUUCCUCUGCAUGAGCUGGAUCAUUCUUGGACACUCAUAUUUGAAUGUUAAUUUUCAGAUAUUUUUGGGCUUAGAAAAAGUUCGAGCAUAUGCUAAAGAUUUUGCAUUUCAAGCAGUCAUUAAUGCUUCCGUUGCUGUAGAUACAUUCUUUUGCAUGGGGGGUCUUUUAGUGUGUUAUUUGACCAUAAAACUAGUCAAAAUCCAGGGACAUCCUUUCAACAUUACAGUCUAUAUAUUGCAUAGACUAUGGAGGAUUUUACCUGUGUAUACAUAUGUUAUCCUAUUCAUGUUCUUGGGUGAUCUCAUGGGAUCCGGACCAAUUUGGUAUGAUACAACCCACAGAUAUAUCAAAGCAUGUGAGGAUAACUGGUGGACUAAUCUUAUAUUCGUCAAUAACUUCUAUCAUGCUGCUAAUAUGUGCAUUCCUCAGAGUUGGUAUAUGGCCUGUGAUUUCCAGAUGUACGUUGCUGCUAUACUGAUUUUAAUUCCAAUAUUAAGAUGGCCAAGAGUUGGCUUAUCUAUGUGUGUAGUAGUGAUUGUUUCAUCGAUUUUAUAUUGUGGAAUCGGAACUUACGUGAAUAAUUAUCCUCCUACAAUGUUAUUUGCCCAUCCUGAUCCAGAGCAAAGAAUAGCAUAUUGGGCUGAUUUCUACUUCCAACCAUUUGUGCAUGCUGGUCCUUACUGUAUUGGUAUGAUAGCUGGGUAUAUACUUGCUACGAAACCAGAUUUGAAACUAUCUAGGACGGUGCAGGUGAUUGGUUGGAGCUUGGCUUUCAUUUCAAAUUUUUCUGUCCUCUACGGUGUUAUUGACUGGAACCGAGGACGUGAUCCUUACUUAUGGGAGGGAUUGAUGUAUGCCAGUCUUAAUAGAGUGGCAUGGACAUAUGGAGUGGCUUGGAUUAUUGUGUGCUGCGCAACAGGGCACGGAGGAGUGAUAAAUUAUAUCCUUUCAUGGAAAGCUUUUGUACCACUAGGACGGCUAACAUUUAUUGUGUACCUGAUACAUCCUAUAGUACAGAUAGCCGUAGUGGGAAAUGUUCGCACGCAGAUUCAACCAGACCACUUCUUUGCUGUGUGGAUAUAUUUUGGACAUUUAUGCGUCACUUACGGAACAGCAUUUGCAGGAAGCAUGCUUGUUGAGUCACCCUUAAUGUCUCUUGAAAAAAUAUUUCUAAACAGAGAUAGCAGAAAAAGAGACGAGGAAGCACCUGUUCGCAAAAACAGUGUCCUAAAUGGAACUCUGAAAACGGAGAAAAAUGGCGAUAUUGCUUCCAUUGUGCCAAUAGAUUCUGAAGAUUCUAUGGGAGUAGACAAUGCCGCCAUUGUAUAUAGGCUAUAAAAACCAAAGUUAUGAGCAAUUAUAACGUCACAUCACGUGAUCUAAAAUUGCCAGAAUAACGUUAUUAUAUGUUCCAUGAAGUGUUAUUUUGUGUGGUUAUACAACAUCGCAUCAUGAGAUCUCUAAUGGUCCCAAAAACUUUAUGCUCCAUGAAAUGUUAUCUUGUAUACUAAUAUAUAGUCACAUCAUGCAGCUUCACUUUCGCAAUAAUCCUGUGUACUAAGAUAACCUCAUAAUAUGUAGCUGAUAAUGGUCACAAAAACCUCAUUAUAUGCCUCAUGGAAUGUUACGUCAUGUACUAAAAAUAAAGUCUGAUCAUAUGGUA